ACAAACGUCAAUUCUGCCACCACUGAACUGCUUGAGCUAAACGUCACACUCAAUCCGCUCGCCAUGUAUUCUGCUUCCGCGCAAAAAGCCAAGAGACGCACGCAUACACGUCCCGAGCUUACCGAUGAACAAAAACAAGAGAUAAAAGAGGCCUUUGAACUGUUCGACACGGACAAGGAUGGCUCGCUGGAUUAUCACGAGCUUAAGGUAGCGAUGCGCGCCCUCGGCUUUGACAUGAAGAAAGCAGAAGUAUUGAAGAUACUACGAGAUCAUGACAAGAGCGGCCAUGGUCUAAUCGACUUUGAGGAUUUUGCAAAAAUCAUGAGCGAACGGAUCCUGGCGCGAGAUCCGAUGGAUGAAAUCCGCCGAGCCUUCCAAUUGUUCGAUGAUGACAACACAGGAAAAAUUAGUCUGCGGAAUCUUCGACGUGUCGCAAAAGAGAUCGGUGACCGAUUGGAAGAUGAUGAAUUGCAAGCAAUGAUAGAUGAAUUUGACCUCGACCAGGAUGGAGAGAUUAACGAACAAGAGUUUUUCGCCAUCAUGACAGAUGAUGCAUAGCUCUCUUCCUUGAUGGUUGUCACCUCUUCCUAUUUUCUCGAGUUGUAUACUGUUAUACCCGCUCUGGCUGGUUAUUAUCUAUUAACUCCCAAUUGUUUAGUAAUAUAUUGCGAUUGUUCUCUGUCUGGAACAUUCACGAAUUUCGUCCUCUGUGCCAUGUUCAUUAGAAUCCCUCGUGUAAUUGUACAGCUACCGGCUGAUAUGUAAUACGCCGCUGAGUUAUGUCUAUUCUAUGAAUCCU